GGUUGGCGGGAUUUUGAGAUGUUUUUGUGCAAAUUGACUAUUUUAUUGUUUAUAUUAGAUAUUUUGAAACAAUAAUUGUAAUUUGAAGUUAAAUACUUAAAUCGCCAAUUAUUAGUUAAAAUUAAGCCAUUGGCACGAUUUAAACAAUUUUUGUGUUACUUAUUGCGUAAUAAUAAUAAUAAUAAUUUCACACUUGGAGAAGUUAGGUUAUGUUACAUAGUUGCCUUCAAAAUUUUAAAGAGUUUUAACUUUGGGAAACUAUAUUUUGUAAACUUAAUAUUUUGACAGUUUCGUGUCUUAUAUUUUGAUCUUUGAGUUAAACUAUAAUCAUGAGUUUGUGGGUAGAUAAAUAUCGUCCAAAUUCAUUACAAAAGCUGGACUAUCACAAAGAUCAAGCAAACCAUCUUAAAAAUUUGGUUCAACAGGGUGAUUUCCCUCACCUUUUAUUCUAUGGGCCUAGUGGAGCUGGAAAAAGAACCAGGAUAAUGGCUCUGUUGAGAGAACUGUAUGGACCAGGAGUAGAAAGAUUAAGAAUGGAGCAUCUGAAUUUUCAGACUCCUUCCAACAAGAAAUUGGACAUAAUGACUCUGGCAAGUAACUAUCACAUUCAAGUGAACCCAAGUGAUGCAGGCAUAUAUGACAGAGUGGUAGUUAUGGAAUUGAUCAAGAAUGCAGCUCAAACUCAUCAACUGGAUUCUUCUGGUCAGCGAGAGUUCAAAGUGAUUUUAUUGGAUGAAGUGGAUCGUUUGACGAAAGAUGCCCAGCAUGCCUUGCGAAGAACAAUGGAGAAGUAUAUCGCUACUUGCCGCCUGAUACUCUCAGCCAACUCCAUAUCGCAGGUGAUCCCAGCCAUUAGAUCACGAUGCCUUGGUAUCAGAGUUCCUGCUCCUACGCAUCAAGAAAUUGUCUCAAUUCUUCAGAGUGUAUGCAAGAAGGAAGGCCUCGUCUUACCUGGAGAGUUUGCUGACAAGAUAGCAGAGAAGUGUGACCGUAAUCUCCGCAGAGCUAUUCUCAUGUGCGAAGCGUGCAAGGUUCAACAAUAUCCAUUCACCAAUGACCAGAAAAUAGCUGAACCAGAUUGGCAAGUAUUUUUGCGUGACACAGCCAAGGCAAUUCUGCAAGAGCAAAGUCCAGCUAAGCUAAUGGCUGUUCGUACAAGACUAUAUGAGCUUCUGGUUCACGGCAUUCCAGUGAAUGUUGUUUUCAAGGGUCUUCUGAAGGAGCUGUUGAAGAACUGUGACAUAGAACUGAAGCCUCAGGUGGUGGAGCUGGCAGCGACGUACGAACACCAGUGCUACAGAGGCAGUAAGACCAUCUUCCACUUGGAGGCGUUUGUGGCUCAGUUCAUGGCCAUCUAUCUACGCUUCAUGGAGGAGAAUGUGGGGAAUAUGUUUUGAUAACAGUUUUAAGGGCUAAAAUCAUUCCAGUGGAAUGAAAUUUGGAUU